CUCCCAGGCAGCGGCGCGGCGCGGCGCGGGGCGGGGGCGCGGGGCUCGGCGCCAUGGAGAGCCCGGCGGUGACCUUCACGCUGGCCUACGUGGUGCUGUCUGUGUGCUUCGUGUUCCCGCCGCACGAGUUCCGCGCGGCCGGGCUGACGGUGCAGGGGCUGCUGGGCGCCUGGCUGGGCAGCGAGGACGCGGCCUUCGUGCAGCACCACCUGCGCCGCAGCACCGGCACCCUGCUCGCCCACGCCCUGCUGCCGCUCGGUUAUUACAUUGGCAUGUGUUUUGCAGCACCUGAGAAACAGCUUUGCUAUUUUUACCUGGCUCCAGAAGGCUGGAAAAUAUUCUUCUUUCUGGCUGUUGUUUUUCCAACGAUCACCAGCAUCCUAGCAUAUUACUGGUCAUGGAACGGUUGGGAUAAUCAUCCUUUAGCUCGGACGCUUGCGGUUCACGCGCUCCCGCAGUCCAGUUGGAGGGCAGUGGCUUCUUCCAUCAAUACAGAAUUCAGGAGGAUUGACAAGUUUGCUACUGGCGCCCCUGGAGCAAGGGUGAUUGUCACAGAUACCUGGGUGAUUAAAGUGACCACGUACUGUUUACAUGUUGCCCAACAGCAAGACAUUCAUCUAACGGUGACAGAUUCGAGACAGCAUGAACUCUCACCAGAUUCAAACAUGCCCGUACAGUUCCUCACCAUCAACGUUGCCAGCAUUAACCCAUACGUGAAGGCUUUUGAUAUCCGGCUGAAUUCCACAGAGUAUGGGGAGCUGCGGGAGAAACUCCGUGCUCCUAUCCGUAAUGCAGCCAAUGUUGUGAUCCAUCAAAGUCUCAGUGACUUAUUUCUGGAAACCUUUACAUCGCUGGUGGAAAUGAACCAGACGUACCCGGCUCCCAGCAAUCAGGAGCUGGAGCCAUGCAUCGGGUGUAUGCAGACGAAUGCAAACAUCAAGCUUGUAAAAAGCUGCCAAGAGCCAAAUGAAGGAGAAUGCCAACAAUGCUACUGUCGCCCAAUGUGGUGUCUGACAUGCAUGGGCAAAUGGUUUGCCAGCCGGCAAGAUCAGCAGCACCCAGAGACCUGGCUUUCAAGCCAAGUGCCUUGUCCAACCUGCAGAGCCAAAUUUUGCAUUUUAGAUGUUUGCAUUAUACGAUGAAUAGUGUCUUGGUAUAGUUUACCUUUCGAAAUCUGAAUGCGUUUCACAGCAGGGUUUGAUACAAGCCCUAUUAGAUUUCAUGUUCUGCUGGAGAAGUAGAAACUCUGUUGUUUCCCCUUCAAAAAGGCCCUGAAAAUGUCAGCCUACCAUCUUUUUAUUUUCACUGUGCUUCUAAAGUUAUCCUCAGUUCUUGUUUCCUAAAACACCAGUUUACAUUCUAGAUUGCUGAUUUUUUUUUUUUUUUUUUGUAUUCUUAAUUUCUUUUGGACCACACUUUAAAGCAGUGGUGACCCAUUUGCUUUUCAUUUUGGAUGAAAUCCUGGUAUUCUGACUAUUUUAAAUGCUAUUCUAGUUAAAGGGUUUAAGCACAAGUAUUUUUAGCAAAGGGCUUUUUCCUUAUCCUAAGCAAAUUGCUAUUGUUAAGGCUAAUAGGCUAAAAAUCUUCUACCUUUAUUUAUCUCGAAUUAAUUUCCAAAGCCUGUUGUUAACCUUUGUGGGCUUUCACUAAAAGAGAUAGCUCAAUACUGUCUUUCUUUUUCUCCUAUUCCCCCAUCUGAACAGGGCUUCAGAACUUUGGGGCCUGAGUUUUCUUAUCUAUAGUAGUACAUGUGACACCUGCGCUUUUUUCUUUUUUAUUCUGUUCUGCUCUGCCCUCGUGUUUACAGACAUUUUUAACAUGCAAGAAAGGUUUAUUAGUAUGUUUAUAUAUAGAUCAUUGACCUAAACUGCUGUUGUUUCUGCGUAGAGUAUCUUCUAAUUAAACACUUAUGUCCCAGAGCUGUUUUACUUGGUAAAUCAACCUUCUUCAGCUGAUAGAAUUUAAGUACGACUUUUACCUAUAUUUGGAAGGAAAGCAGCAACAACCUUAAUUAUUUUAAUAAUGUAAAAGAGUGUUCAACUACUUCCUAACCUGCAGCCUUUUCCUAAGAAACAGGCUUCACCAUGAAUAGGAUUUUGGGACAAGAUAAGGACAUAUAUCCAUGCUGAAUGUUUCAAGUCUGUCAGCACUGAAAUGCUUUUUCAGAUUAGCACUUUAUUUAUUAUUUUCAAGUCUAGUUAUAAGCAUGUGUCACUGUUUUUCAAUAAUAGGAGAAUUUUGCUCAGCUCUUAGGAUGGGUCUCCAUCAGAGUAAUUUGUAAAGAUUUUGAACUAUUGGUAGCAAGAACAGAAAUGAGUGUAGACAGGCCUAGUUUAGACAAUACUGCUACACUGCCUGUGUCCUGCUUAUGCCAUUGCUUCCAUCAUUACUGCUGCAAAUGGAGUGACAUCAACGCAGAAAAACAGAGUGGGUUUUUUUCCUGUUACAGACAAGACCUAAGUAUUAGCUUGUCUUUCUGUACUGCCUUAUCCAAACCAGCUUUCUUAAUACCUCCAACUGGUGCCAUCCUACAACGGGAAAGGUACUACAGUCAAUAAAGUGUCAUUAGUAGGAAGCACUUAAAUCACUGUGUCAUAUAGGACUGCUUUGGACUGGUAGACAGUGUAGUUUGAAAAAUGGUACCAGUAGGGGAGCUGCAGUAAUGGGAGAUUUAUUUAAAAACCUUUAUGGGGUAUACUUAGAGCCUGGCAUACCAAGUAAUGGUAAUAAAAGUGCCUGAAGUUUACAUUGUGGAGAGAACUUGUGAAAACACAGGUUGACAUUUCAGUCGUAAAACAGACACGGCAUAAACCAUUUUUUUUAUUAUGUAUUUGUAAAUGGCAAAACUGCUUUCCUUUAAGUAGGAUAAUCACUUGAGCAUGCAUCAUAACUGUUACACUCACACUUUUUAUUAUGUGGUACUCGCUAUUAUUUCUUCCAUACAUUAAUUAAUAAUAAUCCUUUUCUGGGCAUGCGUCAUAACUGAGCAUGCAUCAUAACUGUUAUGAUAUGCAUCAUAAUCCUUUUCUGGGCAUGCAUCAUAACUGUUACAUUCGCACUUUUUAUUAUGCAGUACUCACUAUUAUUUCUGCUAUACAUUAGUUAAUAAUUCUUUUCUGGGGCCUAUAUUUCAGCAAUAGCAGAUCAUAUGGAGUAGAAAUUUGUCAUAGAGGCUGGCAGAAUGGGUUUGAGUCUCUUGCACAAAAAAUAUUAAGUGACAUUUCCAUUUUUUUAAUAGAAUCAAAUUGUAUUGCUUAGCUUCAGAUAGGUUUGUGCUUAGUCUGAAAUUAUACAAAGUGUUAACCAAAAAUUUAAAAUAUUCUCUAGUGAUUCAUAGGCAGGUAAGUCGUUUUGAAAUUGUGUUAGCAGUAUUCUAACCUACAGUACACCAUUAUACAGAGCUGAAUUUUGCUUUCUGAUAUGUAUCUCUGCACCCCACUCUGCUGUAAUGUUUGCAGAUAAGGAUAAUGUGCCUCUUAUUUCAGUCAAGUUUGCACAACAGAAGUUGGAGGGGGUAUGAUUUUUGGAGUAGAAGUCUGAACUCUGGGCCCCUUUGAAGAGAAAAAUAGAGGACAUGAAGGUAUCGGGUUUUGUAUCAGUGGAGGACAGAGUAGCAAAAAACCAGGAUGUCCUCUGUGAUGGCCACCCUAGUGACAUCCCACCAUGUCCUGAUAACCUCUCCAAGCAUAAAACCAAUAUUUAGGAAUUGUUUUCAUGACUCGUUUUUUAAAAGACUAGCCAAGCUCAUUUCGUGAUGUGGUGUAAAAUAUUUGUUUCAAAAUAAUAAUUACCUUGAAACUGGGAUUUACAAUGGACAAAUUUUCAGAAGCACAUGUUCCCGCACAUCCUUAACUAUGUACACAGAGAUUCCCAAUUCCCACUUUCUCUGAAGCUGGGCAUAUGUGAUGUCUUUUAUUAGACCAACUAAAACAGUUGGAAAAAUUCUUCUUUGCAAGCCUUUCUUUUUGUAUCCAAAAGCUUGCAAAGAAGAAUUUUUCCAGCUAUUUUAUCUGGUCUAAUAAAAGAUCUGAGAUUUACCCAAAAAACUUUUGUCUGCCUAUGUCCUUAGACCAACACAGCUACAGCCAACACCUCUGAAACAUAGGCGUCAGCUUCACUCUUUUAUACCAUUGCUAGACUUGUAGCAUCUACAAUCCAGGAUAUUUUGGUGCGAAGAGUGUUGUCCGUUCGUUAUUGCCAAACCAGACAUACUGCUCUGCAAAAGCCCUUCUCAGCAGGUCUGUCUUUCUGUCGUGUAUUAAAUCUGUGUUGCAAUAAAAUUGCAAUAAUGAGGCUUUGUAUAACUUGAAACCAAAAUACAUGGUCCAAAGGCAGAGGUCCAUUAUGCAGUCACUUCCGAUUUGAAUAUUUUUGCUGUAUUAAAUCUCUGUGUAUACAAGCAACCCCUGCUUAACGCUGUUUUGCUUAGCGCUAAUUCGCUAUAACGCUCGUUUUAAAUUGAUACCUGAUUUCACUUGGUGCUCAGCGAGUUUUGUUAUAACGCUCAUAGUCGUCAUCUUGGGUCAUUAAAAACAAUUGCAGUUGCCAUCUUCGGUCGAAAGAUGUUUUAGGUUUCGCUUAACGCUCGUUUUUUCAGGAACCAAUUAAGAGCGCUAAGCGGGGGUUGCCUGCACCCCAAAGCCAGGUUAAACCUGGCUCGCCUCCCAUGAGGUCCUCAGUGCCGCUUCUCAGGCCGGACCUGGGUUUGAUUUUUGAGCUGUAUUUGGGCCUAAUGCCCAUUGAGGAUCAGUUUAGUUGGUGGGAGUGCCUCACAUAUAUUAUAAAACACUUCCUUCCAAAGACUUAGUGCAUUUUUUUUUACUGAAAUUGUUUAUAUACUUUUAAAAACACUACUGUUUUAUUGGAUCGGUCUUCAAGAGGCUUAAUGGCAUUGAAGUAGGUCAUCUGAAAACUGUUUGCAGAGGUGAAUAAAAGAUCGUUUGAUUUUCA